CGCUGAAAUUUUUCGAAAAAUGUCCCGGAAGCUGUGAAGUGAGAUGGCCAGUGAGAAGUUGCACGAGUACGAGGGGUUCCUGGGGCGCUGGCACGCCACGAGAGACGGACUGAAGGAGCGCUGGAGCGCCUGGAAGGACGGGAACUUGGCGGAAAUCCUGAAGAGCAGGUUUUUCUGCAGGAAGGACGACUCUUCGGGGGUCGUUUACGAAGAUUACUCGCAUAUUUAUAGACGGAAAACUCGGCCGGAAUUGAUUCGCAUUUCAGCAGCUGUAAUGGGCAUCGAGUUCUCAUAUUCUGCGGAAACUGCUUUUGUAUCGCCUACUUUAUUGAAAAUUGGCGUCGAACACAAACAUAUGACUUUAGUCUGGGCUCUGUCACCGCUUAUUGGAUUUUUUCUCACUCCGAUCCUGGGAUCUUUGAGCGAUCGCUGCCAUUCGGGAUUCGGGAGGAGGAGGCCGUUUAUAUUUAUUAUGUCUGUGGGAGUCCUGAUCGGACUUCUCCUAGUUCCAAACGGCGAAAUCCUAGGCUACCUAGCCGGCGACUCCAAGCCCCCCAACAUCACCUACCCCUACCACCGCCCAAGCCUCCUCCACCCCUCCCAAAACCAAACCUCCAUCGAAACCCCACCCUACAACAACUCCCACCCUUGGGGAAUCCUCUUCACAGUCCUAGGAACCGUCCUCCUAGACUUCGACGCCGACGCCUGCCAAAGCCCCGCAAGAGCAUACCUCCUGGACGUCACCAUUUCUGAGGACCACGCCAGAGGCCUGAGCACGUUCACCGUAAUGGCAGGACUUGGAGGCUUCCUGGGCUACGCUUUAGGGGGAAUCAACUGGGACGUCACCCCCAUAGGGACCUUUCUUGGUGGACACGUACGAGCAGUUUUCACUCUAACAACCCUCAUCUUCAUGGUGUGUGUAUCUUACACUAUCACCAGUUUCAAAGAAAUGCCUCUGGAUUUGGUCGAGUUGAGGAGUAGUCUGGAUGAACCAAACGAAGAGGAAAACCUCGAUACCCAAAAUGAGCAGAAUUACGGGAGUUUGGAGAUGGAGGAAUCACAGGAGGAGGACAAUCGCUACGUUUCGAUCAAUGAUGAUGUUAAACCCAAACCAAGGAAGAGUAUUGUGCCUUCGCCGCAUGCCUCGUUGGGGAUUUAUUUGAAGAGUAUUGUUUAUAUGCCAAAGUCGCUCAAAAUUUUGUGUUUGACUAAUCUCUUUUGCUGGAUGGCGCACGUUUGCUACUCUUUGUAUUUUACCGAUUUUGUGGGGGAGGCAGUUUUUGGCGGGAAUCCAACGGAAACUGAAGGUAAUCCUGAUCGGGAAUUGUAUGAAACGGGAGUCAGAUUUGGGUGCUGGGGGAUGUCUAUGUAUUCUCUGUCGUGUGCUUGCUAUUCUAUGGUUAUUGAAAAACUUAUCAAAACCUUUGGGGCCAAAAGGGUCUACGUUGGUGGCCUCCUUAUCUACUCUACUGGAAUGUUCCUAAUGGCUGUCACAAAGCACAAAGUCGGGGUAAUUUUAUUCAGCUGGACGGCUGGAGUCAUGUAUUCUACUCUCUUUACCAUGCCGUACCUUCUCAUUGCCCACUACCAUGCCCACGGAACGUUUGAAAAAACUGGAGAAAGUGGAGGAAAAAUCACCCCACAAAUCCGAGGUCUGGGCACUGACGUCGCCAUAGUGUCCAGCAUGGUCUUCCUUGCCCAGUUCAUCUUGUCCAUGGGCAUGGGUUACAUUGUCAACACCGUGGGAACCACAACGGCUGUGGUCAGUGUGGCCAGCGCUCUAGCCUUCUGUGGGGCCAUCGCAGCGUCCCAAGUUGUCUACUUAGACCUAUAAGUGGCCACAGAGGGCGCUUCUGCCCUACACAUCAAACCAAAACUGUCAAAUCGUGCAGGUGCACCCAAUACCCGAAGUGCCCUCUCCCCGCCGCCGUAGAACAAUUAUUUAUAACCAUAAAAAUGCAUGACAAAUGUAUGUCCUUGUAACAAUAAUAUUUGUAAGUCUGUAUAUUUUCGAGCAGUGUGCCAAACACCACGAAACAUAAAACUGUUUUUCUCCACUUGGAAAAAAUGACGAACAGGAACCAGCCGACUCAAACCAGUUAGGAAUCUUUGGCAAAUGUCGUACGUUGUGUGAUUUUGAAAUGUUAAGUAUCGCCGUUGUAAAAAAUAAAAGUAUAAAAAUCCGU